AUGAACGGACAAGUCUAAGAAAUACGAAACAAGAUAUUGUCGACUGUAUGGAAUAACUUAUAACAUUAUUUUUGACAAAAAUACAAUGAGUGGCGACCUUUCGGCCUAUCGCAACUGGCAUAUCAAAAUACCUAUACAAGUACAUGCACUUGCAAGGAGGCAGGGCGUUCCAGCGGCUGGCAGCUCUUACCGUUGUCGCACAAACUCGGUGUUUGGGGCUGCUGCUCUAGCAAUUCUUGGCGCCAGAAAGGACAUAUCAUCUCAGAGAGGCCCUUUGAGUACAGUACAUACAACUCGAGCAGCUUGCUUCUCUCAUGCCAAAAGCCGUACGCAGUCGAGUCAAGUAUGCUCUGGACCACGAAUGUGGCAACUUCUGGCAACUUCGAGCGGCAGGGCUGUAUGGACUUUUGUGUGAAGCUGCGAAUGUCAUCACAGCCACACGUUUUUGCUGGGUCAUGUCGCGCCUGGUCGCUCCUUCAAUGGAUGGUAAGCAGCUUCAAUUGGUCGACCACUGUUGGGUUUGCCCCUUGUUCCCGUUUGACUUUGUUGCUAUCACGACCGCUAAUCCUAUGCAAGGCAAGUGCGUGGCGUAGCUUGACGAGUGAGAGCUUGGAAGUUUCAGUCGCAUUCGAUCAAAGCGGGAAACCGCAGCUAAUACUCUUAAGAGAUUUCUCCACGAGUUCCGAGCA